UGUCGGUCAAUCUGUAAACAGCCACUUGUAUUUUCAUUUUAUUUUCCGUCUGGAAACACUACACAACAGCAAAGACUCUUUUUAAUUGUACAACAAGACAUUUUACCCAGUAGAGUUUCAGGGCUAUUCUCACAUAGAACACAGUUCUAACGUUUGUUCUUUUAAACGCAUCCUUAAGCAAUUUCGAUCUGUGGGCUUGUAUACUUAUUUGAGAGAUCAUUUUACGUGUCCUCUAAGUGGUAAUAAUAACAGAUCAAGGAUGGCUGGUGCAAUUUCUCAAGAUGUUAUUGAGAAGAUAAUUCAACAAGCAGCUGAGGAGGCAGCCCUGAUUUGCAGCUUCACACGGGAUAUUGACUGGUUAAAAAAUGAACUCAGAAUCAUAAGUGGUGGCUUGAACUAUGCAAAUUCGCUUCUUGCACAAGAUGACGACGUCAAGGAUUGGUUACGCCACGCUCGGGACGUUGCCUGGGAUGCAGAGGACAUUGUGGAAGAGUUUGUUGUUUACAAUCGUGAUGAAUUAUUUUCCCGGGAUAAAAUGGCUAAAAAAAUUCAAGAAGUGAAAGAAAGAAGCAGAUUCAUUACCAAAUAUGGAAAGCAGCUGAAGCUUUUCCGUGAUUUAGUGCCGUCUCCCUCCGAAAAACCAUCAAGCAGUCCAGCGUGGAAGGAAAAUAGUCUCCUGCUCAGGGAUUCACAUCCUGUAGCGAUUGAGCCCAAGCUUCAGCACCUCAUUUCCUUGCUAGAUGAAUCAACUGUUCCAGUCAUUGCCGUGGUGGGGAUCGGGGGAACAGGGAAAACGUUUCUACUCCAAAACCUUUUCGACAGAAUCAAACAAAGGUACGAGCAUUCAAUCUGGCUUUCCAUGUCCCAGUCAUAUUCUGUUCAUAAAUUACAGUGCGAUCUAGCAUCGCACAUGGGAUAUUUAAAAGAUGCAGUAAAGGAUGCAAGUGAGAAGCGAGCGGCGGAGCUGAUUCAUGCCGAUUUACAAAAAACAAAGUCUCUUAUCGUGCUGGAUGACGUCUGGAGGGCAACCCGAGAAGAUAACGUCAUUAGGAGCCUUGGUCUUCCAAUUGGCCAUGACAGCCAAUGUAAAAUUGUGGUUACAACCAGAAACAGGGGAGUUGGCCAAAACCUUGAAGCUUGUAUAUAUGAAAUGGAGCUUUUAUCCGAGGACGAGAGUUGGCAAUUGUUCUGUGCGUAUGCCUUCUCUAAUUAUAACGGGGAUCUCCCACCACAUCAUCUUAAAGCGGUAGCUCAUGAAGUUGAAAAGCAAUGCGGGAGAUUACCAUUGGCACUCAAGACAAUAGCAGCGUCACUCUCAGGCUGCACAGAACCGAGCGAGUGGAACUCCAAAUUGUCUCGGCUCAAAGAGUUGGAAGUGCAUCGACAGAAAGAGGUAACUACUCCCGAUUACCGCAUCAUAGAGAUUCUCAGAUUGAGUUAUGACUCUUUGCCCGCAGCUCUUAAGCCCUGUUUUUCUUAUUUGUCCUUCUUUCCUGAGGUUGAGAGAAUAGAUUGUGAAUAUCUCAUAAAUCUCUGGAUAGUGGAAGGAUUCGUUCCCCAGGGAGAAGAUCAGUGGGAUGUUGCUUGGGGAUAUUUAUAUCAGUUGGCCAAUCUGUGCUUACUUGAAGUGUGGGAAGAUUGGGGUUUAAUCAAAUAUUGCAAGAUCCAUGACUUGCUGUAUGAUUUGGCAAUUGAGAUGUCUAAAGAAAACAGAUGUUCAUUUGCUGUCGAAGAUGUCACAUCUGUGAAGAGAAUUUUACUGGCCAAACAAGAGAUAGAUGAUAUGGUCAUGGAACACAGCAGGGUUUCUUGUCCCAGGUCUCUUCGCACUCUGUUACUAUAUAAAAAUCUCAUUGAGAGAAUUGAGAUAAACUUCUUCAGUCCUAUGAGGUUAUUAAGGGUUCUCGACUUGAGCGAGUCUAACAUCUCCACAUUGCCCGACUUUGUUGGAAAGCUAAAACUUCUCAGGCUUUUAAAUUUAUCAUCAACAAAGAUAAAGGAGAUACCAAUUUGUGUGAGAAGUCUUAAGAGCCUCGUCUUCCUCGAUCUAUGUCAUUGCCAACAGCUGCAAACGCUGCCUGAGUGGAUUAAUGAUCUCAGAUGUCUUCAACAUCUCAAUAUAAAGAAUUGCAAUGAUGAGCUGCGGAGUCAUAUGCCCAAGGGAAUAUCAGAGCUGGUGUCUUUGCGGGUACUGAGAUCAGAUCCACUAAGCCUCUCUGUUGAAGAGGAUGGGUUGUUAAAGCUAGGGGAUGUUAUCAAAUUAAACCGCCUCCAAGAGUUAAGCCUAGAAGUUACCCAUGAAAAGGAGCUGAAGAUUAUCGAAGAUGGAAUCCUUGCUCAGCUACUCAGGAUGCGCUAUCUGUCAAUAGAAUCUCAUUUCUCUAUAGAAUCGCAUUUACCGCACAAUAUCACUGCCCUCCAGGAUCUCCAAACACUUUGUUUGGGGAAAUUUGCAGUGCCGAGUUGGGUAUGGAUGCUAACAAAUCUGAGGCAACUCACAUUAUUUAAUUGUGAUUGUAUCGAUUAUCCGGCAUUAGAAACAAUGCCUAACUUGAUAGAGCUGAGAUUAGAGGGUAAUAAGAGUUGUAGAAAAGUACCCAAGGCGUUUGGAAAGUCAUCCGGGUUUCCCAAGCUACGCUUUCUAAUUAUAUCAGAUUUCCCUCUUUUAGAGGAGUUGCCAGAUUUGGAGGAUGGAGCGAUGGCCGUCCUGGAGAAAUUCCAUUUAGUCAGGUGUCCGAGGGUGAAGAAAGUUCCAGAAGGAUUAAAAGGGUUGAGAGGACUACUGGAUUUCUAUUGCGGAAUGAAAGGAACCGAUGCCCAUUUAUCACAACCUUCUCAGAAAGAAGAUAUUGCAGUGCUUUCCAACUUCUCUUCACCGCCACAGCCUUCUCAACAACAAACCAUUGCUGGAUCUUCCACUACUAUGGAGACUGAUUUUAUGAGUUUGCUAAAGAAAUUCGAUGGUAUAAGCCAGGCUAACGAUCUGAUUCAGUAUAUCGAGGAACUGUUAAAGAACAUGUCAGGUGAAAAGAGUGAAAUAACACCAAGAAGUCCUUAUAUCAAAGAUGGCCAAGCAUUUAUGGAGAUAAUAGAGAAGCACAUUGCCGGACUUGACAAGACAGAUUUGAUGAACAGCGUGACUGCAGAGAUAGAAAACGAAGUUAUGGAAGUUUUAAAGGGUGUUGGUAAAAUUCAGUGUGUGGGUGCAGCACUUUCUAUGGUGGGCUUCGCACUGGAAAUAUCAAGGCAGAUGUCUAAAAGCUAUCAGGAGUGCUUUGAACUUCUCAAAGACAUGUUUGAUCUGGGGAAGCAUAUUCUGUGUUUGAAUGAGCAAAUGGCAGAACAUAAGCAGAUGUUAAACGAAUCACUCCAAUGCAUUGUGAUGGGAUGCAUCAUGUGUGUUUCACAAUCGAGAACAAAUAUUUUUAGGUAUCUUACUGCUUCUGUGAAUGCUGAGAGCUUACAAGAUUUCCGACACAAAAUAAAUCUCUUAUAUGCGGACCUCAAAUUGUUGAGGAUAAUUGAGAUAGAAAGCAGAGAGACAAAAAUCCCUCCCCCGUCACAGGAGUUCCAUACAUUCGUGGAAUAUAAACAUCGGUCAGAUGAAGUAUCUGUCCCGAGGGAAAAGCACCGCAUUUUUCUCAUAUGUUAUGAAUCGGACUGUAUAAGAACAAUGGUUGACAAAUUGUUCAAGUCUCUCAAUGCAGGAGGGGUUACAGUCAUUGUCAUUGAGUUGCUCCAAUGGGAAAUGGCUGGAAAAAAAGAUUUAAGCUUGAAACAGGUUUCAGAGGGGACAGAUAUUCACUUUCCCAUAUUCUCCAAAGAGAACUAUUUGAGGCUUCUAGAACAAUGGCUGUGCAUUUGCAGACCAAAUAGCAUAAUUAGGCCUUUGUUUUAUGACACAAAUGAAGAUAUCAAAUGCCAAUUUGAUAAAACUUUGAAUAAGUUGGCAUAUAAACAGGAUUCUACUGCUGGAGUUUUCUCCAGCUCCUCUAAUGCUCCACUGCAAAUGUCUUUUCUACCUGGAUGGUCGUCGUUGGAUUACAGGACGGAAUGGAGGCUUGUGAAGCGUGUUGUUUUUGAUGUCCUUGAAAUGCUGAAUAAUUUACCAUUGCCUCUUCCAUUACAUGCUGUUGGGCUGGAGGAACGCAUGGAAGAUCUGAUAGGCAAACUUAAGAUGGAAUCAGAUACAAAAAAUAUGGUAGUAGCUAUCAGUGGUGUGGGUGGAAUUGGGAAGACCACCCUCGCCAAAGCUAUUUUCGAUAGCAUUGGCCCCAAGUUUCAGGCGCGAAGCUUGGUUGGUCCUGUUAAGGCAAAGGAGUUAUGCAAAUUGCAGGAACAUAUUUUGAAAGAUCUUUCAAGACAGGAUAUUCUUGUGAAAAGUAUUGAGCAUGGCAAGGCACUGAUGAAAGCUCAUCUGGGAUCCAUUAGGGCACUUGUUAUAUUGGAUGACAUUGAUCAUUCAAUGCAACUAGAAGCCUUUAAUGUAGAUUGUCUUGCACCUGGGAGUAGACUUAUCAUAACAUCCAGAGACACUGAGUUACUUGCAUUUGCACAUGCAGACAAAAUUUAUGACAUGGCCCAACUCGGAUUUGAGCAGAGCGUUGAGUUGUUUAGCUGGCAUGCAUUUCUCAGAACAGAUCCUGAUGAUGGCUAUGAAGACAGGUCUAAAAAGAUUGCAAAAUCUUGCCAGGGAAUUCCUCUUUUGCUUGAAGUAGCUGGGGCAUCCUUAUAUGACAGGACUGAAACCAGUCAUUGGGAUGAAUCUAUAAGGAAUUUAGAAAGCACUAUCGACCAGAACAUCCACAGGCGCCUCUGUGUAAGUGCGCAAGGUCUUGAGUCUCGUGAAUUGAAAUGUUUCUAGAUAUUGUCUGUUUUUUUGGUGGGAAAGAGAGCCUGGAAACAGCAUUGAGGUUCUGGGAAGCUAUUGGCCAUGCUCCAAACAGAGCCUUAGAGAAACUAAUUCAGAAUUCACUUGUUAGAAUAGAUGACAAAAAUCAGUUUAUAAUG